GUAUCAAAAUCGAGAAAAACUUAUGCACAGACCGCCUUCAUUUGGAAGAUUUCAUCAAUCAAAUUCAUUAGAAAGGGCGGUAAGAAUUGAAAACUUAGCAGAACUGAAGACGACUGAACAAAGAUCGAACAAAAAGAAAACAAAGAAACAAAUCUCAAAGUAAAGAACAUAUCGAUAGGAGAUUAUCUCAUGGUAAGGCGUUCUUUGUUUUGUUGACCAGAAGCCUUCCACUGUUCUGAAAGAAAACCCCAUUGUUAGGUUCAUUUUUCAAAAUAUUUUAGGAUGGAAACCCAUAUAUUACCUGUGGUUUGCACACAACGGAGUCGACAUCUCGCUACAUAAAGCUUCAAUAAGAAGAACCAAGACUGUUUGAUAUUCAAGCAUUCGGAAACAAAAUCUGGUAUAUUCAUUAGGACGGCAUAAUCAGGCUGAGAGACAUCAAAACGUUUGCGAAUCAUCCUGAAGGUAAGAACGCACUGUUUCAAUAAAUAGGUUACGGACGCCUGUUGGUAGUUUAACAUAACAAAACUACAUUUUGCUGGUGAUUAAACACUUAUGUGCUCCCGGCAAAAAUUUGAAGGGAAUAAGUUUCAUGUUUUACAUAAACGAGCGAAUGCAGGUGCUUGGUCGAAAAUGACCUGUCUUGAGUCAUGCUUAGGCCUAAAUCCUAUCAUUCUUGACUGAGCAUUUUGUUCAUGAGAAAGUUAUUUUUCAGUUGAACUUGGUAACGAAGCCACCCAUGUGAGUUUAAAGCAAAGGAUCUAAAGUGUCUUAAUUUUGCAGUUUGAAUUCGUAGAUUUUCAUUAACACAUGAUUUAUUUUGAGUCUGAAAUGUCUUGUGGUUUUUUGUUUUGCGUACAAAGUGAAAAUUCCAAGGUCAUUUAUUCUUUGUAGGCUGGUUGGUAUAUUUUGGUAAACCAGAAAAUUAUUGAAUAACUAAACGGGAUAAAACACUUGCCACGAAUGAAAAAUUGUCCUCAGAGCAGUGUAAAUUUUUACGGAGUGGUAAGAAAUUGUCAUCAAAAUGGGUUGAAUGCUGAUAUUUAACAGGUGUUUCCGUUAAUUCGUGUUGGAGACAGAGUUUGAAAAUUACCUCAGUUUAAAUAACAUCCUAAGGAUGUUUUUUGCAAUCCGAAAGUAAACAUUCAAACGAGCUCAUUCAAAUCCAGCACUUUACAACUUCUCAUUGUCUUUAACGGUUAGCGCUUCCUGUUCAAUUUCAAGGCAUAAGGUCGCAAUACUGAAAGCAGACAAACAUUGCUGCAAGGAAGGGCGCAUUUACAUCAAAUGGCUCGUUUGAAGAACGCUUUAAUCAUAAUAAACUUGAAAAGGUUAGCUGCUUUAAGGCGAUCCCUGCUGCCUUGAUUGGUUUGCGAACAAGAUUACUCAUUAAAGCAAUUAACCAAAUACUCCAAUUACGCACGAAGUCAAUUCCAGAAAGAGGGGGUUUUCCGAACGAGGCUGGCAGCCUCCAGCACCCUUCUCCUCGCUUGACCAACGUCAUAUUUCAUUCUCAAACAUAAUUAAUUGUAUAUUUUGGAGUUUUUCAAACUGCAAUCAUCAUCAUCGUGAUCACCAUUUACUAAAGGCAAGAUUUUUCUUCUUUUCAAGGGGUUACCAACUUUCCUUUCAUGACUUGGUGCCUCUUCUCCAACAAAUCCAAAGUUACAGUUUUACAGCAGCAGUGAAUAAUCUUUCGUUUUAAUGCAUCUUAACUUUACUAAAUCAAGAACCUGUGUUGAGAACACGGGACUUCUUUCUAUUUUCCUUUACAGCAUAUACUCAUGAUGUUGUUAACGAAUUUUUAAGGCCGCCAUUGUGGGGAGGGGACAGCCGCCUCCCGGUUCUCAGGAAGUUGGUUUCUGAGAAAAGGCAAAUCUGCAAUAAAAAUAGUACCCCAGGUUGGGGGAAGGGGGUGGAAUAUCAAAUGAAAGUUAAACAUUUUAAACGACUAUAAAAGUAUUCGGAAAUUUAUUUUAAGCUAAUCUUAAGGGUGUGGUCGCAAAAAUUUUUUUAAUCCCAUCAGUUUUUACACAUAGGCUUCCUCGCCUGACACAAUUCAGAAUGUAAACGGAAGUACAUUGGUAGCCUUAAAAUUUCAAGCGUGUAAACAGAAAGCCAAGUGGAGAAGCGGAGGAGCUGAGGAGCUUCUAGCGCUUCUCCACUUCUAUCUGGGGGUGUGGUCAGUCAAAUCUUCCCCCGACUCCACUUUGCCUCUCCAAUCUUCCACCCCUGGCUACGUCACUGCUUGACCACCUCUACUCUCCAAAAAUCACUGCUCCCCUCCCCCUAGAUCACAUUCACUCGUGACAGAGUAAAUCCAACGCAAAAGCAACUUCAGUCGUCUGUUACGACGUAUUUAUAGCAGAUGAAAUACAACAAGUAAAGCGUCAAACACUUGCGCGAAUGACUCCCCCCCCCCUUUGGGGCUAAUGAUGCGACCUCUGUGUACUGACGGUUUGGCCACAUAACAUAAAAGAACAAAUAGUAUAGUAUUCUAAGAUUUAAAAAUUUUAUGUUCUUGACCUUGUUGCUUCACAGACAUUUACGGCCAUUCAUUAAUCCCAUUUAUUAAUGUAUGUAACCGAGGCAGUAUUUAAGCAUAUUAUAAGUAUACUGGAUUUAUCACCGCAUCCCAUUCCAAGCAUCGUCAGCUUCAAAUCAGGCCGAAAGAAUAAUUCCGGGUCUCAUCCUUUUUCUUUUAUCCUAAAUCCUAAUCUGACCAUACUUUAUUUCAUGAGAUUUUAUAGAAAAGAUUAUUUAUUGUGCUUUAUUUCGCAAAACUCAUUACAUUUUCAUACAUCAAGAGUAAAGAUUGCGUUCUUCAAUCUAAAAAUUUUAUGAAUUUCAGUAGUUUUUACUGCUUCGUAGAAAAACGUAUUUGCACGGUUUUUCGACCUACUUUUUAAAGCGUAGAAUUCAAGUUUACAGUAUACGAAGACCCACUUUUGUUUCAUAUUUUUUGUUUUUCUGCUUUUUUGAAAAACACCUUUGGGACUAUUUACAUCCCCUGCGAUGGCGCGCUAUAAAGGCAAAAGACUGUUUGAAGUUUCCUGACAUCUUCAAUCACGAGUUGAAUCAUCCCUGCUCAUUGUUCAUCCAUAGUUCAAAAUUAUUUUGCAUGAAAAAGGUUUUUCUAACUUUAAUUAAUCUAUUUUGCUUUCUAAGCUUUGAGUGUAUCCUGGGUUGUUUCUAAAUGGGUCUCCUCAGAAUUCUUAAAGGAGCAUUUUGACAGUUGCUUACGAUUUGGUGCCAUCAGCGGCAUUACCGCGCCGCUCAUCGUCUCAGGUGCAAAUUGUAUCGUGUAAGUUUUUAAGCAGAGGCUCGAGUGCAGAGCCUUGUGGAACGUCGAAAAAUAUUUCAAACUUAAUUUAUAGGUAGGUUUACCCUUUGAACUGUAGAGCUGUUUACGCCUUUGAGUAUAGAACAAGAUGGUUCUAAGAUGCAUUAGAAGACGGUUGGUAAGUGUGAAAGACAUAGUUGCGACUUAGAACUGUCUUGUUCUUCACACAAAAGCCUACACAGCUUACGUACAGCUCUGUCUACUUGACAUACGACGCUAUGAGAGACUGGCGAAACAGUAAUUUACGUCGUAGGCAGGUUCAAGCAGCUCCUGGAUUGGAUUUUGUUUGCAGAUAAAAACGUCAAAUCUUCAAAAAAUUGUUUGUGAUUGAAAUUAAAUUGUUGUUCGAAAUUAAUAUGUGCUUGAUAGUAGGUUAAGGAGCACAAUGACAAUACAAUACGAAUAUUGUUAAAAAGGUAUUUCGGCGGUAAAAAAAUUUUAAAAUGGCUUUGUAAAAAGCAAGCAUUUCAUUUUUUUCUGAUUGACCUAUUUGGAUCCACAACUGGGUAUAUUUUAUCCAUUUUCGUCUUUCAGAACCUUAUUGUGACGUUUUAUACUCUGUUGAGUGUCAGACGAAAAAGCUUUUAAUAUGUUGUAAAAUUUUCCUUUUUUCAAUACCAUUUCAUACUUUGUUCAAGAAUGUAGGGUACAUGGCCCCUUCACUGCCCCUUUGUGCUGGCCGUGUUAACGACUGAUUAACUCGGUUCUAUAAUUACGUUUGACUUCAUUUCUCAAAGCCAUUUCUGCUGCUUACGUCACUAACCCAUGAAACCAGUGAAUGAAACAGUGCGAUUAUAAUCCCUUUUUGCCAAAGUAGCCACGACUGCUUACAAUCAAAUUCAAAGGCUUUCCUCAAACAGUAUGGAUACUGAUGUGUCUUUGAUCUUUAAUUAUUCAACAGUGUUGCAGAUUUUUAAGAAUUAAUCCUUGAAAUUCUUAGGCAGCAGGUGUUGUCUGGCCUUUCCCUGAAAGAGUCUUGACUGCAGCGCUUAUCCAAACCAAUUUGUUAUAUUGCAAGAAUAACGGCUGAAGCAAUAACACUCCAAUCGAUACGCCUAGGCCGGCUCGGUAGAGUGUCAACCGCAAAACAAUGCCCGAUCACUGCAUGACGUGAUGCCAAGGUGAACUACUACAUGAAAAAGCGACUAAUUAAAUUCCAGCUGCAAAAAGAAAGAUGGAAUCACCGAUGCGAGGCUUCGUGCCGAGCGCCAGCGAAGAGAGAUCAUUCAACCCGAAUACCAAUCAGUGGCUGAUUGUUAUGAAAUCGAUUCAGACUUUGGACGAGACGCUUGGCGAAUUGGAAGAGAAGCUUAAGUCGCAAAGUGCUAAUUUACCCGGAAGGAUAAAGGAGCUCUUUAGGAAGGAUAAGAAAAGCUUUGAUGAAUCGUGGGAAGGAUUAAAGGCUAACUGGGUGUCGAAAUGUCGCGAGAUAAGCUCGCUCAAGAAGUCGAUCAAUAGGAUCACAGAUGAAAAGACUAGGCUGCGAGAUGAGAACCAAGGAUUAGAGAAAUCUAUUUCUAGAUUGCAAGGCCAGUUUAGCCAGGCCGUGCAAUCGAGCCUAUCCGAGAUUCAGUCAUUGACAUCAGCUAACUCGGAUCUAUCAGUUCAGUUGCAAAAGAUGAACGGAUUGAAGGGUGAAAUCAGCAGUUUCAAAGAUAACGUUCGUGCCAAGAUAAACAACAUAAAGAAAAAGCUGACAGCAAUUCCUAAUAAUGGCAACGUGCAGCAAACUAUCGAAUCAGCAACGAAAGAUGAUUGGGCACAGAUCGACAAGUUGUUGUCUUCACUUAAGUUUGAUGACAUUCUGUCAAAGGAUAUAAUAGAAACAGCGCAUCAAUUGGGUAAUAAUAUCGAAAAUAAAAGAAUGGAAACUCUAGAAAGUCAUUUGCAAGAAUUAGAGAAAGAAUUAACGGAGAAAAAUAGCAGAAUAAAAUAUCUGGAACUGCAAAGUGAGGAUUUAUUGAAAGAAAGGAGUGUUGUUGUGAGUGAUGUUAAUGAAGAGGAAAGGAACUGGUUUGAUUACAUGAAAAGGUCGAUAAUGCCAGGAAAGGCAUCACAUGAUGAUUGCCUAGAGGCCUUUGAGGUGGCAUACAUGGUCAAAGGCAUCAAGUCAGCAAAGCAUUUGUGCAUUAAUGCAAAGGAAGGUCUUGCAGAAGUAUAUCAACGUACAAUCACAAAUGAAGAUGAAUUGCACGAGGUGAAAGAUUCAGCGGAUGAAAUACACGCAAAGCUCAAAGCGUCACAGCAGAAAAUGGAGAGUGCAGAGGCUGAAAAUGAGUAUUUAAGAAGAAAACUGGAGCAAGAAGAGAGUAAAAUGAAAAUAUCACGGGAUGAGGUGAUAUCGCUGCAGAGUCGAGUACACAUGUUGACACAGGAGAAGGAAGGACUUGAGCUGCAAAUUGGAGGUAUGAAAGGGGGGAAGGAAGAUUUCAAGGAGUUUUGCUCAAAUUUAAGCAUUGAAAACGAGAAAUUGUUUGCUGAAAUAUCGCGGAUACAGUUAGAACGGGAUUCGAUUUUCGAGAAGCAACAAGAAACAGGAAAAAAAUUGGCCAAUGCUUUAAAGUCUAUUGAAGUUAUGGAGGAAAAAUGCGAUCUGCUGGAGAGACAGCAAAUGAAGUUGAAAAGAGAAUUCCAGGAGCAAAGCAGAGAACUUGAGCAUUGCUCCAAGGAAAAUGAAGAAUUGAAGACACUUUUGCACGAGAAAGAAGAUUCUUUUAGCGAAUGCAAAAACGAGUUUAGGAAUAUUGACAUUGUGAAUAAGGAUUUGGAAGAUCAGAUAUUUCAGCUAACGAAUGAUAAUCAGAAAUUGAAGAAUGAGUUAGGAAAGAUGAAAUCGAGCAAGAAACAGUUAGAAGCAGAAUUGAAAGAAAAGAAACUCAGGAUUGAACAUCUUCUUGAAGCGGAAAGAAAGGUUGAAGAGAAGUUGAAAGAUAUAAUGAAGGAUGGAAGAGCUGGAGAGACAACAAGCUCACAUUUGCAAGCCGAGUUUGAUAUUAAUGAGAAGUUCUUGGAAAAGUCUCUUCAUCGAGCUUCGCAACUCGAUGGUAUUGUGCGUCAAGUUUUGAAGCAACUCAAAGAAUGGGCUGGUGACGUCGUAAGCGAAAAAGACAGAGCAGAAACAGCCAAAAUGUUGGAUGGGCUGAUAAAGAAAGAUUUUACUAAUGAAGAAGAAAUCAACUCAGAAGAAUUAGAGUCAAUCUUCGAGUUUCUAGCGACGGUUAAAAAGUCAACAAGACAACAUUUGCAAGAAACAAAAAAACUUAUGACUGAUAUAUAUUUGUUGGUUGCGAAAACAAAAGUUGGCUCAGAAAGUGCCGAAAUUAGCAAUGAAACGAGUAGCAACCAAAUCGCCAUGUUAAAACAAACAAAAAUGUGGCUCUCGUGGAUCUUGAAAGACUAUAAAAAGAUUUGUGAAGCACCAAGUCAAAAUGAAAAUGACGAUAAAUUUAAAAAUCUCAAGGAAAUUAUUCUGAAGUAUGUAAUUGCAUCAACUAAGCAAUUAGAGGCAAUGCUCGAAAGCGUGUCUGAGAAGAAUUGUAUCAUAAUGUUGUUGCCUAGCAACAAAGAGCCAGUACAGGAUUCAAUGGACAAAUCUAAUGAAGGCCUACUGCAUUACGUGCGCGAAACAUUCAGAGCCAAUCAAAUGGCGUUGGAAGCAGCUGUAGGAACAUUAGAGCUAGUAAAGAUCAGAGGAGAGACUGAUAUCAUCACAAAAAGUGAAAUAGAGGCUAAGAUAAAAGACCCUCAGCACAGAGGACUUUGCGAAAUUUUGAAGCGAAUGAACCAAUCGGUGGAUGCAUUGACAACGAGGUUGCAAAGCUUGAUUACGAAUGCAGAGCUCGCUAGGACGCCGUCAACAAACAGUUUUGAAAAUAUUGAAGGGAUGAAAGAGGUUGAAGAAAAUGGAACAAUGAACUUGCAGAUGAAUGCGUUAAAGCAAUUGAUUAAUAAGCGAAAUAACGAACUAGAAGCUCUUCGAGAGGAUCUCCAGUUUAUCAAGAUGGAAAAACAGCAGCUGAUUUCCGAGCUACAAGAAAAGGAUUUUGAUUUGGGAAAGCUUCAAGAUGAGGUGAAAAGACUUGACAAAUCAAGCACUGUGUUGGGAGAUCAGCUUUUGACGAUGAAAUCAGAUUACGAGAAAUCAUCGAAGGAAUUAGCUCAGAGGGAGGAGGAGCUAGAGUUGCUGAAAGAGAAACUGAGGUCACAGGUUGAUCGGGAAGGUGACGCUGGCGAAUUGAGCAGCACAGAAAGUGCGCGAUCAGAAAUCGAGAGAAAAGAAUCGGAGCUGAGGCGGUUGAGAUCGAGUCUGGAGGACAUUCGGAACGUGCACUGCAAUAACGAGGACAGAAUAAAGUCACUUCAGAACAAAAUCGAAGGAGUGACGCAAUUUCUAUCUACAAGAGAACAGCCAAUCCCUGAAGAAGAGCAUGACAAUGAGGAGACUCCCAAGACUAAAAAGGAGCAAUUGCUUGUUGUAAGAGAAAUCGAACUGAAAACAUCCCAAGCAAAGUUUUGUGAAGCAAAAGACUUGAAAAUCCGCAGUAACAGUAUAGGGCAAGAUGAAUCAGAAGAUGUCUCGAGAAAACUGCAGAGCAAGGAGAAGGAAAACAACUAUUUGCAAUCCGUUGUGCGAGAAUUGAAAAUGGAGCUGAUGUCGGUGCAACAGAGUCUGACAAAUGAAGACCAAUGGCGCUCGAAAUUUAACAACAUGAUUGACGGAAAGCCUUACACAAAAACGCCGGCAAGUCGUACGCCGCCACAGGCACCUUCUUAUGAAAACGAGAAGCUACGGCGUCGCAAUGUCGAGUAUCAGCAAAUCAGGCGAACAUAUAGAGGCGAAUCUGACCCAAUGACAGCGAGCAGUGACGAAAGACCGCUGGUUUCAGUGCACUCGCCCAAGCACUUCGGGUAUCCACAAAUGAUGUUACAUGAGCAGUACCCACAUGAUUGUGAGAUAUGUGCAAUGGAGUCUGUGUCAGGCGCGUCAACAUAUUUGUGUUCUGAUGAGGAGUGCGAUUGUAAUUACGCAUCAUGCGAAAUGUCGGAUACGUCUUUCGCAUCUGACGACGAAUUCGAACGAAGUAGAAUGGUUUCACCUGGUUUCAAGGGGGUUUACUCCAAAGAAGCAAGAAAUAUUUCGCUGCAAGAAGCCACGUUCGCCAUCAAAAAUCAGCACGAUAUGAACGUCAGACGGGGGGAUGGCUCACCCUCGCUCAUCCAUAACCCAGCCACAUCGCCGAGGCACAAGAGCAAAGGUCGCUAUUCUUUUGAUUAUGAUCGCCCAGUUGCCAAGUACACUGUUACUAACCUAACAAGAUCAAAUUCAGCUCGAUUGGCUUCACGUCCAACGUCCUCGUCUUCUAGCCAUUUCACAGAAAGGAGGUUUAGUUUGGAAAGGAGGUCUCUUGAAAGAAGGCCACGUUCAGAUGGGUCUUCUUUCUAUCCAAGAGAACACCUGUCUCCUCAACAUGAGCCCCCGUCUUUCAAGUCGUCGCAUUCACAGCAGUCUUCGGAUGAAUGUUCGAGUUUGAGUUCUGGCAGUGGGCCUUGCUCGGGGGUCGAUUGUCAACAUGACUGUAAAAAGCGGAAAUCGAGCAGGUUAAAAGGCAAACUGGUUUAACUCUAUUGGGAAUGAGACUUUCAUUGGAAUCAACACAAACAUUGCAGUAGUUAGUGAAUCAGCUAUUUAAGAAGCAACCUGCAGAAUCUAGAUGGCACACGGACAACUUAAAAGAGCACUUAACGGACACCUAAUCUGCAUAAUCUUCACUUGGUCUUAGUGUUUUAUCACUUCAACAAAUUAAGUUUGAUUUCAUAUAGAGUAUUGCAGAGUGCAGAGCACUGUAAGAGGAGCAAUCUCAAAAUUUAUUGAAAAACUUUAUAGGAUUAAUUUAUUACACGACUGAAUAAAGCUUAUUGCAAGUAUGUUUAUAUCAAGAAACCCUAGCUUGUUCUAUUGGCAUAUACAAUAUAGAAUUAA